UCUUCACAUGAGACCAACUCUGAGUAACAUCCAAAGGACAUUUUAUUUUUACUUCACUGGAUUUAAAAAAAAUAUUUUCUCUCCUUAAGAUCACUAGAGAGAAAACCAUGUCGAUCUUUCAGAGCUUUGUAAUUUGGUGUCUUCUAGUAUCAGACCUUCAGAUUUUUGCCGCUGCGCUGGAAACUUGUAAGACAGCCUGGUUUGAUGAAGGGGAUCCUUCCACAUAUGGGGACUCAGAGCUCUUGAGUGACUUGAGAAGGAAGCACUGGACGAAAAUCUGCUCCAACCCAGUGGACAUGGAGGCUCAGACGGUUGCUGGAGUCAAGUCGCAGUACACCAGGAACACCUUCCACAUUUACAGUGCAGAGGGCCUUUUGUGCCUUAACUCAGAACAGAAAUGGAGACAGUGUGACGAUUAUCAGGUCAAGUUCACCUGCACGGGACAGUUCUGCUCAGAGUGUAGGACGCGCUGGUUUGAUCAUGAUGACCCAACAGGAAAUGGAGACUAUGAGGUCCUCAGUGACUUCCUAAACAUAUACCCGAGAGAAAUCUGCCCUGAGCCAAUAGCCAUUGAGGUCCAGACCCUCUUAGGGGAGCCUGCCUCCAACACCUCCGAUACUUUUCUAAAUUAUGAUGCCACCUAUGGGUUUGCCUGUGUAAAUGCAGAUCAGGGAAGCAGGACUUGUGAAGAUUACAGAGUCAGAUUUACCUGUCCAAAAGAGUUCUGUGAAGUGUCAGAGCAGUGUCGAACUCAGUGGCUGAACAGUGACAACCCGUCAGAGGAGGGUGAUGUGGAGUCCAUACUUCAGUUACUGACAACUUUCCCGGGUCAAGUCUGUAGAAAUCCGAUCAGCAUUGAGGCCAAGACAGCAAGUGGACUAUCUGCCCUACACACUGGAGACACCUACCUGUCCUAUGAUGUUACUUUUGGCUUUGCAUGCAUCAAUAAAGAACAGAGGAGUCAACAAUGUGAGGAUUAUCAAGUGAUACUGACCUGUCCCUCAGAUUUCUGUCAGGGUUGUAGGACACGCUGGUUCAACAUGGACAAUCCGACAGGGCAGGGGGACUAUGAGACCCUCCUCCGGGUGCAGCUGAUGUAUCCCAGUCAGGUCUGCUCCCAGCCUGUGGCCAUUGAAGCCGUGACUGUGUCUGGCGUCCCUGCACACAAGACUGGUGAUGUCUUUCAAGUAUAUGACGCUACUCGUGGCUUUUACUGUGUGAAUGCUGAGCAGCCCGGUGGAAAACGCUGUGAAGACUACAAGAUCCGCUUUACAUGCCCACUGGAUUUCUGCUCUGUUGUGAACUAUCAGUGGUCAACACUUUUUUAGGGGAUUUACUGUUGGUGCAGGACAUUUAGUAACUGUUAGGACAAUACGUUAAAUCAUCAGCUAACAUCAUAUUUAGUAUUUGUUACUGUAUAAUGUAUAAUUAUUUCCAGACUUGGGGAGUAACGUAUUACAUGUAACUGAGUACCGUAAUCCAGAUAA